UGAGUCUCUUUCGCUGCUCCUGGACCCCACGUGUUCCUGGUGGUCAUCAGGCUGGGCAGAUUCACUGAAGAGGAAAAGCAGACGGUGCAAAAGAUUCAAGAAAUCUUCGGCCAGGCUGCAGACAGAUACAGCAUGGUUCUCUUUACUCAUGGUGACCUUCUUGGAGACAUGACUAUUGAGGACUUCUUGGCUGAAAGCCCUGACCUGCAGGAACUCGUGGCCAGAUGUAAUGGCCAGUACCAUGUCUUCAAUAAUAAGACAAAUGAUCGUUCUCAGGUCACUGAGCUGCUCCAGAAGAUCAGAAAUUUAACCCAGAGCAACGGAGGCAGCCACUACACCAACGAGAUGUUCCAAGAGGCCGAGAGGAAAAUCGAAGCUGAGAAACAACGCAUCCUGAGAGAAAAAGAAGAGCAAGAACGUAGAGAAAGAGAGGAAAUAGAGAGGAAGCUACAGAAGCAAUACGAGGAACAGAUGAGGAGAAUUAAUGAACAACUCCAGGCUGAGAGGGAGAGGGAAAGAAUACAGAGAGAGUGGGUGUUGAGGUGGGAGAGGGAGAGGAGGGAGGAGGAGAUGAGAAGGGAGAGAGAGAAAAGAGAAGCAGAAAGGAGGAGAGAGGAAGAGGAGAGAGCGAGGCAGCUUGAAAAUAUGAGGAGACAGUUAGCAGAAGAACGUGAAAGACAGCUGGAGGAGGAAAGAGAGAGGUUGAGACAGCAAGAAGAGCGGCAAGUAGUGCAUGUAUACACUCAGCAAGAUGACUGUACAAUUCUUUGAUUUGGUUUUCAAGUCUUUGUAUUUGUGUGCUC